AUGGAGAGAAAGGGCACAGAUGUAAGGGAGAUCUCAUUCUCAGAGGGUCUCGGGUCACAUCGUGUCUCACCUUCUCGCCCGCUUGUCCAUUUCCUCUCCGCGGAGGUUUCCACACUGUGCAGUGAGACACAAUAUGCCUGGCCGGUGGACGCAGCCAGGCACUGCUGUAAUAAGUGCCCACCGGGUCAGCGUAUGGCCCGUCGUAGUCUCGACUCUUGUAAAAUUACGUGUGAGACUUGUUUGACAGGCCGAUACCUUGAUUCCUACAAUGUGGAUAUGACUUGCAGUGUUUGCAAAAAUUGCAAAAAACCAAACAUGGAGUAUACGUCACCCUGCACUAGCGCUCACGACGCUGUGUGCAGAUGUAAAGCAGGCUACAGAUGCAAAGACCAACCCUGCACAGAGUGUGUGUCGAUACUAACUACCACCAAACCCACACUCCCUAUAUGCACUACAACACGUGAAGCCCUCACGGCGAUUGCACCCUCUAAACCAGUCACAGGUACAGUGUGGCUCCUGAUGAUAACUGCCUGCCUGUGUACAGGAAUUGCAUUUGUUGUUGUAACAACAGUAAAGUCCAUCAGGUCCAAGAACGGAUAUAUUUUGACUGAAAAACCAGCAACAGCAUCUGAGGACGAGGGGGUAUCCAAGCCUGUCCAGGAAGUGUGUGGGAAAUGUGACCAACCUAUAGAUGUAUGAGUUUAAAUGUCAGAUGGGUGUUCAGCCUGAACUUUGAUAAGCAAGAAUUUGCCAGACGGACAGAGAUGAUGCAAAAACGUCUUUUGUUGCUUUGGACAUUUAUGACUAAUGGCGCCAAACAUCACUCUGGUCAGUGCUGGCGAAUGGAAUCGCAGAAGACGUUCUUCAAAUGACUAAUACAGUUUCCUGAGGAGAAACAUGACUUUUCGACAUCUGUGACAUUUACAUGAUUAAAUUGUAUAAAAACAUGGAGAUAAAGAAAGUGUAAGAAAGUGAAAACACAGUAGGGGACACUGUGAUAUGCACGAGCUAGAAAUUGUGCACUGUGUUGCAGGUGGUAUGUACUAUAGUACACAAAAGUUAAAGAAAGGGUGUCUGACAUAUUUACAUUCAUCUGUGUAUAUAUAGACUUCAAAUGUAUAGUCAAAAUACAAUUUUAUUGAAAUUAAAAUGCCUAAUGAUGAAACACCCAGAUCUAAUACCAAUAAUGGAGAGAGAUAUGAAAGAGCUUAUCAUAAAGUAUUUUUCUUGAAUUAUAA